AUUAUUUUUAAAAUAAUAUAUGUUAGCGAUAGGCACGUUAUUGUUUUUGGUUGUCCUCGUCGGCCUGCUUGUAAUUUCAGAGAGGCAGGCAGUCCACCACGUGAAACCUGUCAAAAUACACUCCCGGAGUAAUUGUGUCUUCUUCAGAAACGCCGAAUUCUCCUCCUAACUUGACCUCCACCGCCGCUAUACUAUCAUCUCUUCUCCUCUGCAACAAUCCCCAAAAAUAAAAUAAAAUAGAAUUAGAUUUUAAAUUAAAUUAAAUCUAAAGAAAUAGAGUGAUGACGAGCAAGAAGGUAAAAUGGAGCUGGAGCUCCGCUUUGAUCGGAGCAGCAUCAGCUACAGCAGUAACAGCUCUUCUCAACGCAAAGCCAAAAGACCCGACUUUCCAUUUAAUUUCAAUCAGCUUUACCUCCUUCAAGCUCAAUCUCCCCGUCCUCGACGCCGACCUUCUCCUCACUGUCCACGUCACCAAUCCUAACAUCACCUCAAUCCACUACUCCUCCACCUCCAUGUCCAUCUUCUACGACGGUUCUCUUCUCGGCUCUGCUCAGGUCGAGGCCGGCUCUCAGCCGGCUAGGUCCUGUAAGUUGCUCCGCCUCCAGGCUCGGCUGGACGGGCUUCAGCUGGCUCACCAUGCUUCGAAGUUUUUCAGUGACGUGGCGAAGAGACAGAUGCUGUUGGACGCUAAGGUUGACAUUGAAGGAGCGGCUAAGGUGCUGUGGUGGGACCAUAAGUUUAAGGUCCACGUGGACAGUCAUAUCACCGUUGAUCCUGUUUUUCUUGAUGUCAUCGAUCAGGAAAAUAAGUCGCAGCUUGAUGUCUUUGUUGCUUAGAAUUUUAUUUAUUAGUCUCACUUGUUAUGUUAUGUGACAUUUCCCACUUUCUCCAUUUCUCUAAUCAUUUCCCAUUA